GGGAGGCCAGCCUAAUUACUAAGGUACGUACCUAUAAUACUAAAUUAACCCAACAGCGUAAUUAGUGCGCAAAGCCAUUUAGGGGCAGUAACUGGACACGUCCAAUCUGCUUCCCGCAUUCAUCCGAAGCAGCCCGCCCCACCACCCCGGCAUCCGGACAAAGAAGGUUCCGACGUACCUUGCUUGGCUUCCCGCAUACACCAUGCAUCUCACAGAGAGCUUCAAUGCCCAUCAGCAACACGCAUACACCCCCAACAACUCGGCGCCUCGAGCUUAGAUCAACAAUCCAAAACCACGAGCUGGGUCGCAAGUCAUCAUAUAGGACCGCAUACCCGAUUUGAUUCCCAUCCUCAGCCGAUCAACCUUCAAAUUCACGCCCAGCGUCGCAGUCGCGCGUUCCAUCCACCAUGGCCUCGAGCCAGCCUCAGACGAACGGCGGUGCUCCUGCGGCCUCAGCAAACAGCUCGCAAACUGUGCCAAACACCCAGAAAACCCAAGCGACAGCCCCAGCAUCUACAUCUACACAAUCCCAUGGGCAAUUGCCCCCGUCAUCCUCAAACGCAGCCCCCCGACCACGAGAUGCCAGGCUCAUCGAGCUGUUGCUCACGUCGCAAGGCGUCACAUCCUACGAGCAGCGCGUACCCCUACUACUCCUCGACUUCGCAUACCGACACACCUCCUCCAUCCUCAACGACGCGAUCCACCUCUCCGCCGACCCCUACAUUCAGCAAGCCGGCUCCAAGGGCGCCGGUGCCUCCAGUGCAGCGAAUCUAGCAGCGGGUGACGCAGCCGUCACAGCCAACGCCGUCAAGCUGGCCAUUGGGGCGCGUUUGAGUUACCAGUUCCGCGGCGGAAGCACAGGCGGCGGCAUCAGCAAGGAAUACAUGCAGGAGCUGGCGCGCGAGAAGAACAAGGUCGCCCUCCCCAAGAUCGUGCCCAACGAGUGGGGUGUGCGCCUGCCCGGCGAGCGGUUCGUACUUAGCGGGACGAGUUGGGGCCUGAAGGACGCGUGGGAGGAAGCCGAUCGCCUGCUCGACGAGGACGGCGAUGACGCGAUGGAGGGCAUCGAGGCCCCGCCGCUCGAAGACGAGGGAGGUGACCCCGUCGAAGGGGGGACAGUGGAGGACAUGUUUGGCGACGACGUGGACGCGGAAAUGGCGGAGGGUUCCUAAAAGGCACACAGUUGUAUAUCUGGGCAGUCCGUACAAAGCGAUUGGCCGGUAAAGGUUCAUGGGCGAAUCUUGGUGUUUUCUUGCAAGGCGUACAGGAUGGAUUCACGGCGUUGAUCUGUGGGGUGCGGCAGGCAUUCGUAUCAGAUCCUUGGUAAUGACGAUUGACAUUUCCAC